GUAUAGCCCAGAGGGCGCGAGGCUUCGAACUGUUUUGGUUGACAGGGAAAAGAAACGAGAAUUCGACAGGUGACCGUUGAAGUAACUCUAAAGCGUUAGAUUAUAAAAUAAAAGUAAUAAGGCGCUUUCAUGUUAGUGUGUAUCGUGAUUUAAUGAACGUUUAUUAAAAUUAAAAAGUCAAACAACGCAUACGAAUUCGGAUGAUUGAAAAGAUGAGUGAGGAGAAUACAGAGGAAGUGAAGGUGCUGGAAGCUCAGAUUCAGCAUCUCCAGGCUGAAAUUGAAGCAUUGAAAGGCCAACAGCAAAACAACAACAAGGACAUGACACUCCAGUUCAGAGGAAAAAUGCAGGAUGCCAUGUCAUAUUUGUUUGGACAGACACAUAUAGAGGAGGAGAGGGUUAUGUCGAGGCUUAAGGAGGAGGUGGAGGAAAUGGAGGAGGAUCUGAAGCAACAAACACAGAUGAACGGCAUCUGUCUGAAAACCUGCACUACAAAGACUCUGCAAAAGAUUGACAAUAAGCUGGUCCAGAAGCUCUGUGUGUCGGGUCAGUGCUCUGAGCUGGUCUUCCAGGUAGAGUUCCAUCUCUCAGAGGUCAAGGAGGGUCAGCGUUCUGAGAGGACCAUCAGUGAUCUGAACGUGGUAAUGGAUGCCAGUGACCUGCAGAACUUCAGCAGUUUUCUGUCACGGGCGGAGGAGCAAAGUGAUCUCCUGCUGUUCUUCAGGACUCUCAGGACCUUCUCAGACAGAUGUGAUGACCGAUGCAGAGCCUUUGAGCACUUCAAGGAGAAAUAUCCGUCCGUCAUCUCUUUUCCUGGAGGCAGCAGGUCAGAGGUCAUGGCCCUGAAUCACCCUGAGCUUCCUGGCUGCAUCUUGUUUAUUCACUGGGCAGUGGCAGUUUCCAAUGAGGGUGAAGUCACUCCAAAGAUCGAGCUGCUGACAAAGAUCCCUGAGGAAGCGCUGGAGUUGUUUCCCUCUCAGGCUCUAGGUGGCGCUCCUGAGUCCUUUCAGAGCCUGUUGAGGAUUCUGGGACCUGAAGCAGCUAUCGAGUCUAUGAUCAGAGCCAUCAGCCUUUCACAGGAGUCAUGAGUCAAAUUCAUCUCUGUGUCACUUCCAGUUAUGAUGGAAAAUAUGAGUGCUGGUAUUUUCUUCAUCAUCAUGUCUUUAUAUUUUAACAUGUAAAAACGGAGCUUCUGUUAAAUAAACACACAUCAAGAAACUCAGACACACAGAUGUUUUUAGUCUCUUAGAAAUGUUUAUUCAAUAUAAAGAGCCCAGCUGUGACGUCUGUAACCGCAGAGCUCAUUGCUCAAAAUCUACAAAAAUAAAUAAUUUAAAUACAAAAUGCCAGACAGCAGUGUCCCCUUUGUAUUUUCAAAUAUUUUCUUCUCUCUGAUAUUUACACACACGCAGUCAUCAGAAGUCUGAAGGAAUCACAGUGCUGUGAUCUUUCUGCAGGACGACGCUCAGGCAGCAGGAGGAGGCAGAGGCGACCGACCAAUCAGAGUUCAGCUCACCUGUCGGAGCUUCAGUCAGUCAGGUCAGAGAGGUCGGGAUUAAGUUUGUGUCUUAAAGAUCAGAAUAUAGUUCUGUUAUCGUAACAAUCAACUAUAAACUAUAAGAAGCUUCAUUUUCUGUCGUACAUCCCUGAAAAUCAUUCACUUAUGAAGGAUUCCUUAAAAAUCAGAUUUUCUUGGAUCUUUGUUUUUAUCAAGACUAAGGAAAAUGUCUGCAGCUGCAUCAACUACUUUUUUUGAAGUCUUUACAACAACCUGCAACCAUAAUUCCCAAAACCACAGAAUUAUAUAGAAGCUAAAUGAUUAUUAUGUUGAUCUAAAUUAGAAAAUUAAUUUGGAUAAGGUAGUGGAGUCAGGAAUUCUAAAUCACUAACUUUCAUAUCAGGCAUCUUUACAUCAGGUCAAAUUCAGAUUUUAUCAAGUAAAACAAUAACGGAAGGGCAAAUAAUCCAACUGGCAGCUCCACAGGAGGAAAAAGUCAGUGCCUUACCAGUGUCUGAAACUGUAAACUGAGAAUCUUGUACAGUCUGAGUACAUAUUUUUCAUUUUUAUGGAUGCAUAAAAUCCUCGGAUGUGGACUUGACUAGCCAGAAUGAAAGUAUGAAACAGGGAGACUGUUUUAAACCAGUGGGUCCUCCAUUUAACUGUAAAAAAAUGUAUUUGAUUCAGUAGUUUAAUAGUCAAGAAGCCAGCAUUAAAUAGAUUAGAUCAACGUUGAACACUGGCUUCUGACAUCUGGUCAAUUUAAAUUACUCACUGAUUGUUGAUGUUUGUCAGCACGGCUAUUAUCAAUCAAUAUCAAUAUUAAACUGGUGAAGUAUUUCAUCCCUAGUACUAUGCAGAAUGCAGUUUCAGACACAGCCCAAAUGUAUUAAUUCUAUCUAAACUUGCUAUUUUCUAAGCUUUAAACUCAGUUAUUCUUACAUUCUCAUGUAUUUGUCUUGAUCGGGAAAUAAGGUUGCAAUCUCGGGAACAAUGCAGAAAUCUUCUUUGAAGUCAUGCAAGUGGCAGAACAUUUUCAUCAGACUGACUACAAAGUUUUUGUGGAUUUUGUUGUCGUGUUUUUAAAGAUUUUCGGGGUUUAUGUUUUAGAUAAAGAGACAAAACAUUAACCUGCCAAGUCCACCAAAAACUUUUUCUAAGUAAUCAUUGUGUGCAGGCUUUGACAGCAUGCACCUGCAAAGAGUUAAUGGAUGUACUCAGAACAGCAGGUAUAUAAAGAACUAGUUACAAAUGUAAAAAAAAAAAAAUCUGUUUUUUUCCCAUUUCCAUCUAAAUACUUGAAUCAGAAGUAUCUUAAAUAGCUGCUUAAAUUGCUGUUCAUGUAAUGGUCUAUUAGGUACACUUCAUAUUUUAACCUUAACACCAUCUACAAUGGCAUUGGCCUGAUUUAAACCUUCUAUUUAAACUUUAAAGCAACUAAACAGUGUGACUGAGAUUAUGAGACACUGACUGGGGCUGCCACUGAUCAAUCCUAUUAAAGGAUGAUUACAUUGAUUUUAAAUGAAGUCAUUUUUGCAGCUUUUAUCUCAAAGGUAAUAUGGACUUCUCUGUUUUGGUCUAAUAAAGCAUUUUUAUGGUUGUGCUCUUCAGAAGUUCUGUUGCCUCGCUCUCCCAUGAGCCUCUGCUCUCAUCAUGCUGCCUGUUACAUCUUCAGGUUUUACAGUUAGAAUGACCAGUGGUUGGUUCACUUCACAGCGUCCUCUCUCCAGCCUUGAAACCCCUCGUCUCCAUCACAACCAGCAAUGAAAUGUGAUCUGCUUUAGUGUUUGGAUUGAUAUGGAUACAGAAAUGAUGGUCUCUGGGCUCAUGAUGAUGAUGAUGAUAACUCGCUGAUAAAUGAUAAAUAACUCAGCAGAUGUGAAUAAUUCGCUGACAUGAGACCAGAGCAGCAUGAGUAGGAUUCUCUGAUGUCUCAGGAUUUAGUCUAGUAGUGUGGUUUUAUUUUAAAUGUUUUGAUUGGCUGAUGGAGAUGGUAGAGGCUGGAGAGGGGACACUGUGAACAGAGGAACUGAAGUCAAGUGUAACCAGUUUAUAUGUGAGCGCUGCUGGUUUACGAGGACGAUGAGUUCACUAGAGUCCAGCUGGUCAAAAGGUUAAAUCUGGAUAGGAAUUAUUUUAUUUCAGUGGUUCAAUAAAACCUGGAUUGGAUCAACUUAAUCCACUUACAGACUACUUAAAGAUGAUCAAAUCUGUAACUCCAGUGCUUUUAAGGGAAUUUCACACUAGAUAUUUUAAUCCAGGGCUGCACAGUGGUGCAGAGAUUAACAAAUAGCAGGAAGGUCCCUUGUUCAAAUCCUGGUCCGGGUCUUUCUAAGUGGAGGUGUCAGCACUCAAAAAUGUAAUUUUAGGUAGUUUUAUUAGGCAAAGCACAACAGACGCAUUUCGUCACAUGGUCUUCCUUCCCUGAGGAAGACCAUGAGUCGAAACGCGUACAUACUUAAUUAAAUCUGAUUUUGUGAUCCAUUUCUUCUUUUAACAACACAUCCUGGUGACUUAAUUCAGUCCACAGAUUUAAUCUAACCAGAUUACUUUUGAUAAACUGGGCCCAGGAGAUAAAACCACAGCGCCAAGACAAAAAGACCAGCGAUCAUUUGAAUAUAAAUACGUGGUAUAUAUCUUUAACAGAUCAUCGUCCUCUGAAACCUCCCAGCACUUCUGAACUCAAUGUUUAUCAAACAUCAGACGACAGAGCCACGCCGAGCUUUGGGCCGUCUGGGGUUUGAGGUAAUGUCAGGUCAUGGCUGCAUCCACAGCAGCUCUGAAUCUGAUGGGAUAUAAAGCAGAUCUCUGCUGUGAACGCAGCCUGUAACAAAGUUUAUAACACACUCACAAACAUGCCAUCCUCCAGUCCUACCAGAACAUUUGGGCACAUGAACAAACAAACACCACCUACACACAACAAGCCACUUUUGGCACAAAGAACCAGCAGAGCAGCAGCACAAAGCUCGGCCUUUCUGAGGAUGACUACUUCCUUCUACCUCGCAGCCAUUACAAAUCAACCACCUCAUGUUUUACAAUCCUCUGAUUGGCUUUCUGCUUUCUGCCCUGCCCCUGUGCAGUCAUGUUAGUCUUCUUUUUAGUCCAUUUUAGUGUGAGCACACGUUGCCAAAACACAGCAGGUCUUAGAUUAUGAUUAUAGACUGUGGAGUCAAAGGUGAAUUCAAAUAUGGCCAAAUCUGUGGUUUAAAUAAGAAAACAUUAUAGCAGGAACAGAGUGUAAUGUAACCGUACUUUAACAAAGCUAUGCAUCACAGAGUUAGAUUAUUAGAAAAACCCUAAAAUGUCCCCUUUUUGGGCUGAAUCUUCCUCUGACAUCAAUAAUUCUUCAAAUCAGACAUAAAGAGGCAGCUAGAAAUAUCUUAGAACUGCAAGGGUCA